AUGGUCAAGGAAGUCCAGUUCAAGCCCUUCACGGACCAGAAGCCUGGCACGUCAGGACUUCGUAAGAAGGUCACCGUCUUCCAGCAACCACACUACAGCGAAUCUUUCAUUACAUCCAUCCUCCUCUCCAUUCCGGAAGGUGCAGAGGGCGCCUUUCUGGUCAUUGGUGGUGAUGGAAGAUAUUGGAACCCCGAAGUCGUUCAGCUCAUUGCAAAGAUUGGUGCUGCUUAUGGCGUGAAAAAGCUACUCAUUGGUCAAAAUGGCAUACUGAGCACUCCUGCCGCCAGCAACAUCAUCCGCAAGCGCAAGGCCACCGGUGGCAUUCUGCUCACCGCCAGUCACAACCCAGGUGGUCCCAAGGCCGACUUCGGUAUGAAGUACAACCUUUCCAACGGAGCCCCUGCCCCCGAAUCGGUCACAAAUAAGAUCUUCGAGUUCUCCAAGACCCUCACUUCCUACAAGAUUGCCGACAUCCCCAACAUCGAUAUCUCCACAAUUGGCACACAAAAAUAUGGCGAUUUGGAAGUCGAGAUCGUUGAUUCCGUAGCGGACUAUACCGCCAUGCUGAAGGAUAUCUUUGAUUUCGACCUGAUCCGCUCCUUUUUGAAGUCCCAGCCCGAUUUCAAGAUUCUCUUCGACGGCUUGAAUGGUGUCACUGGCCCGUACGGGAUUGACAUCUUCCAGAAGGAGCUUGGUUUGGGACCUGAAAGCACUCAAGAUUGUAUUCCAAAGCCUGACUUCGGCGGCGGUCACCCAGACCCGAACCUAACAUAUGCGCAUUCUCUAGUCGAACGAGUGGAGAGGGAAGGCAUUCUUUUCGGCGCUGCUUCGGACGGAGAUGGCGACCGAAACAUGAUUUAUGGCAAGAAUGCUUUUGUGUCACCUGGUGACUCUUUGGCCAUCAUUGCCCACUAUGCGAAGAAAUAUAUUCCUUAUUUCCAGAAACAAGGCGUUUACGGGCUGGCAAGAUCCUUCCCCACUUCGGGAGCCGUCGACUUGGUGGCCAAAAAGCAAGGGCUGUCGCUCUAUGUCGUCCCUACUGGAUGGAAGUUCUUCUGUUCCCUUUUCGACACCAACAAGAUGUCGAUCUGUGGUGAAGAGUCAUUUGGCACGGGCUCAAACCAUAUUCGGGAGAAGGAUGGACUGUGGGCUAUAACAGCUUGGCUUAACAUCAUUGCUGGCGUUGGCAGGGACACUGGCAAAGUUCCCUCCAUUGGCGAGAUACAAAAGGAGUUCUGGAGCGAAUACGGCCGAGUCUACUUCACCCGCUACGAUUACGAGAAUGUCAGCAGCGAGGGGGCCAAUGACAUGGUCAGCCACCUGAAAGAGAAGAUCUCCAAGGCUGACACCGUUGGCUCAGAGAUACAAGGUCGCAAGAUUACUGAAGCCGAUGACUUUUCGUACACCGACCUGGAUGGCUCGGUGUCAAAGAACCAAGGCAUCUAUUUCAAGUUUGACGAUGGAACCCGAGUUGUUGUCCGACUGUCAGGAACAGGCAGCAGCGGCGCCACCAUUCGACUCUAUGUCGAGAAGCUUGAGGAGGACAGGAACAAGAUUCUUGAAGAGACACAGACAUACUUGAAGGGAGCGGUUGAGCUGGCAGUUGAGCUCUUGCAACUUCAGAAAUUCAUUGGACGAACCGAACCCGACGUCACCACCUAG